GCUUGAAUUUCCGGAUGAGGAGAAGCCCAUGGAGGAACACUCGCCUUCUCUGCUUGGUGGAGUGCCUGGGGCACAACGGCCUCAUGAGCUCCGAGAGCUGAGCAGCGAAGUACCUCGCGAGCCGUCUUGGCCGUCUGAUGGACCUAUGUGGAGGAAUGCAGAAGCAUCCACACCAACGUCGAUGUCUUCUGCUGACAAAGCAGCUGCUGCUGCAAGUCAGCCAACCACACAGGGCACUGCUGCUUGGGAUGCGGCUUCACCCAACUCCAAGGUGGAGACCCCACCAGAGGAACCAAGUACCUCCACCAAAAAAUGCACGCCGAAGAAUCCCUUCUGGGUGCAACCGGAGGUCCCUGCUCAAAAGAAAGCUCCCCAGGGCAGUUGUGAUGGUAUCAAUGGUUUGCUUUCGGGAGCCACACCGCUUCACUGUCUCAGUGAUGUGGUAGAUGCUGGCGAUCGAAAUUUCGAGAUUGACAUUGCAGAGGAAGACUUGACAACGGUGCAUAUCAGCAGCUGGGAGCAGCGCCUCGAUUGGCGAAGCUUCCUCAGUGAGGCAGUUGCUGCAAGUCUUGCUCGGCAAGCUUUCAUGAAUUUCGACGUGGAGGCGGAGCCGCCUUCCUACCCCAGACCGCCCCCCUCGGCCAGAUCCUCGGUGCGGAAACCCAGUGGCAUCGUUCCCGGAAGCCACGACCGGUGA